UUCGCAUUUUUGAAUGAGGAUUUCCUGCGUGCGAUAAGACUCAAAAUCAAGGAACUGAGGCUACCAGGACGACGUGAGCCACACAGCUGUGCGCUGAAAGAGCACUCAGACAAGAGCUUCGCCAGAAAAGAGGUUCUGCCGCCACCGGAACGCCUUUCCAAUCCGGUUGCUAUGGACCACUGGGUGCUGUAUGAACCGAAAGUCCAAAACUUUCCGCUGGUGGACGCCUUUUUCUUUGUGAACUCAAAUCCGAAGACGCUGGUUGGGCUGCGGAUGACUACGGCGGGUGGGCACCACACGACAACCAGCACUGUGCGGCAGUUCAAUGAGUGCCUGGCGGCAUAUUUUGAGGGUUGGGAGGAGUUAUCCCGAGACAUGUCGUGGGAGAUGAUUUAUGUGCAGCACGCAGACAGCACGCCGAUGACUGGCUGGCGGAGAUGUGAUGUCGUCGAUUCCAAUAAUAUGAGCCGCGCUGAAAACCGAGAGAUUGCGGCGUUCUGGGAGGAAGAGGUGCACCAGUACAUAGCAGCGGUAUCAUCCGGAGACUUUAGAAGAGGCGAAGCUCUCCGAGGUGAGGAAUAA